CCGGAAGCGGCCGGCCCGCGCGCCGCCGGCGUCUCUUCCCCGGGUCCGCGGCGAUGGCGGCGCGGCGCGUGCGCGUGCUGGUGGACAUGGACGGCGUGCUGGCCGACUUCGAGGCCGGUCUCCUGCAGGGCUUCCGCCGCCGCUUCCCCGAGGAGCCGUACGUGCCGCUGGAGCAGCGCCGCGGCUUCCUCGCCUGCGAGCAGUACCGGGCUCUGCGGUCCGACCUGAGGGACAAGGUGGCCAGUGUGUACGAAGCCCCAGGCUUCUUCCUAGGCUUGGAGCCCAUCCCGGGGGCUGUGGAGGCCUUGCGGGAGAUGCACGCCAUGCACGACACCGAGGUCUUCAUCUGCACCAGCCCCUUGCUGAAGUACGACCACUGUGUGGUCGAGAAGUACCGCUGGGUGGAGCGGCACCUGGGACCCGAGUUUGUGGAGCGGAUCAUCCUGACAAGGGACAAAACCGUGGUCUUGGGGGACCUGCUAAUCGAUGACAAGGACACCAUCCAAGGCCAAGAGGAGAACCCCAGCUGGGAACACAUCCUCUUCACUUGCUGCCACAAUCAGCACCUGGCCCUGCCACCAACAAGGAGGCGGCUGCUCUCCUGGAGCGACAACUGGAGGGAGCUCAUAGACAGCAAGCGGGGGGCCUGCCCCAACAGUGGGUGAGGGAAGGGAGGGGGACACAGG